AUGGCCAGCAUUCCAGGAAUCGAUCUCAGUGAACUCCAGCCAACCCCGCGGUAUCUCUUUCGUCAACCGGUUGCGCUGCAGUGGUUUGAAAAUGGGAAACUCAUAAAACGGCAUGAAGAGGAGCGACAGGCAGCUCCACUCUCAGGACGCUUUGAACUCUUCCUGGACCUUCUUUAUGUCGCGAUUUUGGCAAACUUCGCCGAGACUCUUGCUGAGGACAUUUCGGGAGCAAAAUUAGUCAAGUAUAUUCUUAUACUCGCGCCUACUUGGCAUGUUUGGGCCGAUCUCCGGGAAUUGAUGAACUCAUUCUAUAAUGACGACCUACUACAGCGCGCACUUAUUCUAUGGAUAAUGGCAGUUCUUGUUAUGUACGGGAACAAUGCAUCCCUCGUGGAUGAGGAUAUCAGCGCUAUGCGAGCCACCGUCGGCUCAUACAUGGUUGCACGCAUCUCAUGCAGCGCAGCACACCUACUAUACUCCUUUGCCAGCUAUCACCACAGAAAGCAACAGAGGCUGUGGGUUUCGCUUACAUUGAUUUCGAUGCUUAUAUAUAUCCCGCUAUACUUCGAGUCCGUACCCCUGCGCGGCAAAAUCGCCGCGGCUGCCGUUGGCGUUGUCUUCGAGGAGUGCAGUUGGGUCUUCUGUUAUUCGCCGGCAGCUAAGAAGAUGCUGAAAGCCAAGUAUACAACUGCCGUUGAUAUCGCGCAUGAAGUCGAUCGAUACGCCGCAUUUUAUAUCAUUGUUCUUGGCGAGUAUUUGUAUCAGAUCGUUGUCGGCUCACCUGCAGCGGUUGGUUUCAAUCUCAGCUUGCUCCAUGCAGUCUGGGUUUUAAUCAUCGCCUUCUGUCUGAACUGGAUAUACGCUCAUAACGACGGCGCAUUGCAGAGCACUCAUCCUUUCCGCUAUUCUGUGUACACAGCGUUCGGGUGGGCUAUCCUUCAUUUGCCUCUUGUUGCCAGCCUGCUCGCAAGCGGACAUGUUGCAGCUGCAAGCGCAGCAGAGGACAGGUUUCGUGAUCCUGAGCGUUGGCUACUUUGUGGUAGCCUCGGAACUGGGAUAUAUUGUCUCUAUGGCUUAGCAUUGUUAUACGAGGAUAGAGAUGCGCCGGGAACGUUGAUGUUGUCUAAGAGAAUGACCUCUGACGAUUCGAACGUGCCUGUGUUCAGGGAUGAGUCAUCUGAUCCUGCAAGGGCAUAG